AUUCAUUCUCCAAUUUUUUUGAGCAGUGUGUUUAAGUACAUUUCAGAUACAUUUUGUGUUGAAGUCGAACAGUAUAUUACCCACACAGUAGGUGGCGGUAUAUUCAUUUUAUUGAACUGGUGUGAUCCGCAAAUAAAUGUCUAAAGAAGAAUGACGAGGGUUGGACGCGUCAGCGCUUGGUCAGAAGUUUGAGAAAGUUCAUUGAACUUUCAUCACAAGUUUCAAAGCAACAACAACUUAGCUACCAUGCUAUCAACGUGAAAUGGAGGACGAAAGAACCAAACACAAAUUUUCUACAGUGUUGACAGAUCCACAGGGGGAGAAGCCUCAUCAAGAUGGGCCAAAUGAAUCUAUCAAUGUAGUGUUGAUUGGCAAGCAAUUGACUGAAACAGGACGCUUCGCUUAUGCUGGGCUCUGUGGAGUGUCCUUGGGCCAGUUGUUCCCUGGACUAGAGAACAGGUGUUUCCGGGAGCAGUACCUGGAAGGCCUAGUCCAUUGGCUGGGACUGGAUGAGUCUGUCAUGCCUGUCAUGAGGGCCUUUCUGGCUGGCCUGGGAUUUGAAGGCAGUGACACUUUCCUCUCCAUCCUCCAGGCUGAGCCACUACUGUCUACAGGGGCCGCUCCCAUUACUCAGGACCUUGUGACUUUCUCUGUAAAAGAUGGGCUAUACGAUUCCAGAUCACGAGUCCUAAUACGCCAUAUCUGCAGUCUACUGCGAGUAUCCCCUCAGCAACUGGAGGAGUUUGAGGCAACGCUGGGAGAACGACUGAGAGAGGGAGAGGUGGAGACCGAAGAGGACUUAUCUCGGCGACAGACGAGGGAGAGAGGACGCAAAUUACGACGCUACCUCCUUAUUGGCCUGGCCACUGUUGGCGGAGGAGCUGUCAUUGGUGUGACUGGUGGGUUGGCGGCCCCAUUAGUGGCAGCAGGGGCAUCGGCCAUUCUAGGGGCAGGAGGGGCAGCUGCUUUGGGCUCAGCCACUGGCAUCGCCAUCAUGGCCUCCCUGUUUGGAGCAGCAGGGGCUGGCUUAACUGGUUAUAAGAUGAAUAAGCGGGUGGGCGCGAUAGAGGAGUUUGAGUUCCUGCCACUGAGCUCUGGAAAGCACCUUCAUUUGACUGUGGCUGUGACCGGCUGGCUGUGCACUGGAAAAUACAGUUCAUUCCAGGCUCCUUGGUGCAGUUUGGGUGCAUGUGGGGAGCAGUAUUGUUUGGUGUGGGAGUCUCGUUUCCUCAGGGACCUUGGCUCAACCAUGGCUGCUCUUCUUGAUGGCCUGGUCAGCAUGGUGGCCCAGGAAGCCCUUAAGUACACCGUGCUAUCUGGUAUUGUAACUGCACUGACAUGGCCUGCCUCUCUGCUUGCGGUGGCCAGCAUUAUAGACAAUCCCUGGUCAGUGUGUCUCAGUCGCUCAGCUGAGGUUGGAAAACACCUAGCCCAUGUGUUGAGGACUAGGCAGCAGGGGAAGCGUCCGGUCAGUCUCAUUGGCUUCAGUCUUGGAGCGAGGGUUAUCUACUUCUGCCUUCAAGAACUAGCCAAUGACCAAGGUUGUGAGGGUGUGGUGGAGGAUGUUGUCCUUUUGGGUGCCCCAGUAGAUGGCAAUGCCCAAGCCUGGGAGAGAAUGUCCAAGGUGGUGGCGGGGAAGAUAGUGAAUGGAUACUGCAGAGGGGACUGGCUACUAGGAUAUGUUUACAGGGGUUCAUCGGCACAGCUCUCUGUCGCAGGGCUUCAGCCAAUAAGCUUGAAUGAUCACCGCAUAUUCAACGUGGAUUUAUCUUCUGUGGUGAAAGGUCACUUGGACUACAUGCGUCAGAUGGACACCAUCCUUGUUGCAGUGGGCGUGCCCACCAGAGAAGUUCCAGGAGCUGGGGGUGGACCUCUUCAACCACUCACUAUGACCGAGGAAAAACUGGACUUAAACAUAGGCCAAUCAACACAUGGAGAAGCUGCAAAAGAUCAAAACCUGGACAGUCCUUCAUCGGGAGCAGAUGAGACUUUCGAGGAUGUGGGUGAAGUAGGAAGAAAGGGAGAGCAGACAAAGGAAGAGGAGAAUAUGGGAGAUGGUUGGGAUAUCCCAGACAUAUCAGACCUGCUGGACUCUCUAAAUGAGACAGAUGUUGAUUCAUUUGACAACAGUGUUCAUUGUAACCCGCAACAGAGUUCAGAGCGGAAUUCCACCCAUAAGAAAAACAGUACAGCUUCCCAUCUUGAGUUUGAGGCAUGGGGAAAAGAGGAAGAGGAUUGGGACGAGGGAGUGGAGGGAACGGAGUCUCACACAAAACACACAUCUUGGAGUUGGAGGGACAAAGGCUGGCCUCCUGAUUACAAACAAAUGAAGACACGGGACCAAGAAGUUGCACAUAGGUGGUUACAGGACAAACUGCCUCACUGCAGUUCAUCUUCCUCUUUUCAACUUGAAUCACCAUCGACAUCAAAGUUAGAUGUGAAAAAUGUUUCUUUACCUUCUAAACCUAGUCAGGUGCCAGAACACUCAGCUAAGGCAUCAGUGGACACAAAUGGCAACUUUCAGAGAAAAUAGUGUAAACUAUGUAAUCGUGAACAUGUUAAAAACCCUUAAGGGAUUUUAGGUGUAUUUUACUAUGGUAGCUCAUGCUGUCAAUUAUUACAUUUUUAAAUUAAUUUAUUAAACAUUUGCAAAAAUA